GCUGUUUACAUUUAUGCCAAUUACGUAACGGUAUAACAAAAGUUAUAUAGGUAGAAUAUAUAGGUAUCCGUUUACGUUACUCAUUUUAUGAAUUGUUCAAAAUAUGUCUUAACAUGUAACGUUGAUAUGUGACAGUUAGCAAGCAAGCAAACAGACUAAGAUCACGUAGGCAGCUGUUAUGCUAGCUAGCGAAGUUAACGUUGGUAGUCCAAUGAACUGUCACUAAACCUUAACGUUAACAUUAACCAUCUUAGAAACGCUAUCAUUUGUAAUUAUUUGCGAAUUAAUUUGUUGUCGAAUUUGGGCAUUUAACAUCAUAAACAUCAUCUCAGUCAAAUCUUGACUUUUGAAUGGCUAACGUACUAGUUGGUUCAUUUCAUUCAUGUGACAGGGAAUUGACGUGUGAAGUGUGGAUCAGCUCUGCCUCCAUAGCACAAUGCCCGGACUUCAGGCAGAUGGUGUGGUGGCGGCGCUAGGUAGCCCCAUCAAGAAGAGCAAACUCUCCCUGAAGUUCUUCCAGAAGAAAGAGACCAAGCGGGCGCUCGAUUUCUCUGAGACUCAUGCAGAAGAGCAGAAUACACAGCCUCUGGAAGCAGAAGAACCUGCUUGCUGUGACCAGGUGGUGCCAGGUCCCUGUCCCACAUCUCCUCUCACCUGUGAAAGGAGAGAGAACUUGGUGCCAUUUGUUGGAUUGAAUAAUCUUGGAAAUACCUGUUAUUUGAACAGCAUCCUGCAGGUCUUGUACUAUUGCCCCGGAUUUAAAGAAGCCAUCAGGAAACUGUACAAGCUGUCCAAGUGCAGGGAUAAACAAAAGGAGGCUAUGAAGAAUGAGCAGGAUGGAACUGAAGUGGAGGAGCAGGCCCCAGCUCAGGUGGAACUGCUGGGAAGUUUCUACACCCUCAUCACUUCAGUAGAGCAGCUGCAGUCUAACUUCCUUCUCAGUCCCGACAAGUACAGCGAGGGAGAGCUCGCCACUCCGCCUCGCAAGCUGUUGAACUCACUCAGGCAACUGAACCCCAUGUAUGAGGGCUACCUGCAGCAUGACGCGCAGGAGGUGUUGCAGUGCAUCCUGGGAUACAUACAGGAGGCUUGUGAGACCAUCUGCAAGGAGCAGCAGCAGUCUGAGCCGGGGGAGAAGGAGGAUGAGCAUUCGGCGGAGCAGCGAUCCUCAGAGGAGGAAGUGGGAGCAGAGGGCCAGCUGAGUGGGAAGAGGAAAAGUGACACGGAAGCUGGGAAUGCCAAGAAGAAGCCCAAAUCCCAGACUAAGGGCCAGAACGCUAAGGAGCAAGAGGAGGAAGUGGAGCCAGCCAGCCACCCUCUCACUCGCUCUAAGAGGAAGUCCUCCGGUGACAUCACUACAGAGGGCGUCAGCGAGCAUCCAGUCAAGGGGACCCAGGAAGAAGGGGAGACAGAGAAGGAGAAGGAAGGAGGGAAUGAUGCGGAGGAGGGAAAGAGCGAGAGCUCGUCCAAAGAGACGGGCAAGAGAAAGAAACGUCCACGUCUUAGCUGGCUGAAAACGUCAUCGGGGAAACAGCCCAGCAUCUUCUCUAAGUUCCGGAGCAUGGGUCGCCUGAGUACACACGGGGGCAGCCGUGCUGAGAGCAGAGAGGAUCAUGGGAAAGAGGGCACCAGUGCAUGCCAAGACAUACCAGACAAUACCACACCCAUAUCGGAACAGACAAAGACCCAGUCUGAGAACAAAUGCAAGCCCCAGAGUGAAGUAGAGGUGCAAGGCUUUGAUGUGCUGAAGCGCCUGUUCCAGGGUCAGCUGGUGCUGAGAACACGCUGUCUGGAGUGUGAGUGUUUCACCGAACGCCGGGAGGACUUCCAGGACAUCAGCGUCCCUGUCCAGGAGGACGAACCGGCCCCCAGGGAAACCAGCUCAGAGAUCUCUCCGGAGCCCAAGCCUGAGCUGAAGACGCUGAAGUGGGCCAUCUCUCAGUUUGCCUCUGUGGAACGGAUCGUGGGCGAGGACAAGUACUUCUGUGAGACCUGCCACCAUUACACUGAGGCUGAGAGGAGCCUGUUAUUCGACAAAACCCCCGAGGUCAUAACCAUCCAUCUCAAGUGCUUUUCUGCCAACUCAUCUGAGAUGGACCCGUAUGCGGGCCUGUCGAAGGUGAACACCCCUCUGCAGACGCCGCUGCAGCUGUCCCUGGAGGAGUGGAGCACGGGCACAGCCCCCCGGGGCCAGCACUACCAGCUCUUCGCCGUGGUCAUGCACAGCGGCGUCACCAUCAGCAGCGGCCACUACACCACCUACAUCCGCAUGUCCGACCUCCACAACGUCAGCCACAGGGAGGAGUGCGCCGAGGAGGAGGAGGAGAAGGAGGCCAAGCAGCAGCAGGAGGAGGAGGAGGUGAAGGAGCAGCAGCCGCUGAAGAAAGAGGAGACGGCGGCGCAGGAGUAUGAUGACGGAGAGGUGUCAUUCAGCCUGAGCGGGCGGGGGGCAAGCUCGGCCCCUGCUGCCACUGCGGGGAGCGGAGCCAAAGCCGGGGGCAAGAAGGCCCUAGAGGGGGUGGGGCUGCUGGGGGGCCAGAGGAGCCUGGCCACCUACGACCUGGGUAGCAGCACCAAACAGCAGCCGGCCAACACAGACAAGAGCGGCUUCCCCUCCGGCCUGCAGCCCCUCAGCGGAGGACUGAAGAAAGAGAAGGACGCCAGCUUGGCCGAGGGGGAGCAGGGUCGGAGGGGGGACGAGCUCGCCCUGCAGAACCUCCUGGACUACGAGGGGAAGUGGCUGCUGUUUGACGACUCUGAGGUGCGUCUGUAUGAAGAGGAGGACUUCCUCCGCGCCUGCUCGCCCGAGACCUGCAGCACGUCCACGCCUUAUCUACUGUUCUACCGGAGAGUGGAGGCACACAAGUGAGGGGGCAGGACUCUGCUGAUUGCGCCCCCCCCCCCUCUCCACUGCUCUCUGUAUCAGAGUUUUAUUUCCACGUUCUGUUCCUCUCUCUGUUGUCCCUCCUUCUGUCCCCAGACUCUUCUUCCUCGCUUGCACCGCACCUUGGCACUUAAUACAGUGCGUCUUUACAAACUCGCCCUUUAUGUAUGGCGAGUUUGCUUUUCAUAUGACCAGAUAGAGAAAUCAUUUUUGUCUCUCGUGCACUGGUUUCUGUUUUUAGAUAUUUUUAUUUCCUCGUUUUGUUUUAUAAAGAGCACAAUAUAUUCUUGUACGUUGGUCGUUGCUAUAUAGUUAAGGUACCAUUCAAGAAAAUCCUGAGAGCAUGACUGUAUUACCCAUCCUUGCUGUAAAAUAAGAUGAAUAGUUUAGCUUACCUAUAGCAGUUCUCAGUCAUGCAGUUCGCUCGUCAGGACAGGCAGUGAGCAGGUUGAGAAAGGCCGUCUUGGUAUGUUAUCAGUUGUCCAAAUUGAUCAGUGGGAUAUUUGCACAGCGUUAAGUCCAUUUAGCUAAAGUGUCUAAGCUACUUUGGGUUGGGUUGGAUCUGGUGGAUUGGAUCCACUGACGGCAGGGAUGAAAAUGAAAUGUACCUCAUUCCAGCAGAGCAAGCUUUUUUUUUUUUACACGCAUGGCCUGAGAGCAGGAGUUAACAACGUUUGACCAAUUUAGAUUGCAGGCUGUUCCUACGCAUUUCUGUGAAUUCCAUACUUUUGCUUUCCCUACAGUAAUUGUUUGAAAGGAAGUAAAAUGCUUUUGGUCUGAUAUCUGGUUAUUGCAGGAGUCUCCAUCCAAGUUGACCUGUGUCUUUCCUGUUUUUGUAGACGCUCUUGUACUCUUUAUUAAAACACCAGCAAUAUCUACA